CUAAGAUGAACCUCUGCAUACGAAACUGGACUGGGAGGGGUUGGUUGUAGGAGUGAGCUUCCAUUGGUUGCGUGCUUUUGCCGUGGUGCAGGGGUAACUCUAAUCAUAUUCAGCAUGUUUUGCACAAGAAAUGUCAGCCAGAAAGGAAUAUCUGCUCUCCUCGCCAAAUUAUUCCACAACAAUGUCAUGCUCGGAGAGUGCAGCAGCAAACUCUUUCCUUGUGGACUCUCUGAUCAGUGGAGGUGGCAGAGGGGAAUCUGGGGCUUAUUACCAAGCCAGUGGGGUCUACCUGCCCCAAGCCUCCGAGGUGUCCUAUGGACUGCAGAGCUGUGGACUUUUUCCAGUUUUGAGCAAACGCAAUGAAGGUCUCCCCCAGAGUAACACAGCCCCAGCCACUCAGAGCUAUGCUCCGGGGAUGGAGGUCUGGCUGGAGAACCCAAGGUCCUGCAGAGUGGACCCAUCUGAGAGUCCAGCAGAUAACUCCUGCUCAUUCACACAGAGUAUUAAGGAGGAAAGCUCCUACUGCUUGUAUGACUCAGACAAAUGCUCCAAGACUCCUUCUGCAACUGACCUGUCCACUUUCCCAAGGGUUAACAGUGAGUCCAGCCCUGGACACAGUAUCAGCUCUGUCCCAGUACCUGGCUACUUCCGCCUAUCCCAGGCAUAUGGUACCUCCAAGGCUUAUGGACCUGUUCAGAUUGGGGCUCCCCAGUUUACACAACAGUCCCAAAAUCGUUUUGACUCUCCUCUGUCCUCAGUUCCAGCCCACCCUGCACGAAAAGACAGCGAGCCAUCGCCCAACAGCAACAAACUGGCCCCGGGAUCCCACCAGAGGGAGGAGGACACAUCUUCUGGAGCUGAGGAGUCAUCACCAGCCCCUUCAGACAGCAGCAAACACUCUCCUGAGAAGGAUUCUGUAGGUGAGCAACUAUUAAAAAAAAGAACAAAAAAUCAAUGAUGAACAUGAAAUUGCCUCUCAAACUAAGGGGGAAUUUGCCUAGAGAUCAGAGGAAACCUUCCUUUUACUAUGAUCCUUUGAACUAUUUGAUAAUUGGGCGUGAGUAUGUCAUAAAAUCCUCUCCAUCCUAAAACUUUACACCACAUGCUUAACUGUGGCUUCGCUUUGUCCUACAGGAAGCUAGUAUGCACUAUAAAAUAGCACGCUAAUUUAUAGGUCCUUAAUCGAGCAGCAUUGCAGGCGCCAUUACAUGCAACGUAUCCAAAAUAUGACAGUAAAAUAUCAGCCCUACAUGUGCUGUAAACUCGAUAGGAUCCACUCCGAACCUUCUAUGGAGCGUUCUAAACAAUGUAUCCAGAUCACAGGCCCAAAUAGACAGCAUGUUACACGUACAUACAUACAUACAUACAGUCUUACAUACAUGACAACAUAGAAACAUGGAAAACCUGUGUAAACAUGUAGAAUAUAUAUCUAUAUGUACCUGUAUAUAUAUAAUCUAAAAGUAUGUUUCUAGAAUAAAGCUCUCAUUUAGCUAUUUAAUACCUUUAUAUAAUUAAUCUGCUUUAAUACUAUUUUAAUAAUUAUUUAAUUAAAAGAUUUAAAACGACACAAAUCCCAUGCAGUUAACUGUGUAUUAAGGGCAAAACGCUUCCUAAUAUUAAUUUAUUUUUUUUAUUAGUAUUAGUAUUUAAUUUUGUAUUUUAACUUACAGAAUAUGAAUGUUCUGACAUUUACUAAGAACUAAUAUGUGUUCUGAUAUUUACUAAGCACUGAAGUGUUAAAUUCUACAUGUAGAAUACUCAGAAAAUAAUUCCCUGUACACAUAUCUGUAUCUGUACACACAAAAGCACGUACCGACAUACUCAUAUAUAUACAUUCCUUCUUUGUGAAUGUCAAUCUAUCCAUUUAGUUAUAUAAUGUGACAUUAUAUAUAUAUAUAUAUAUAUAUAUAUAUAUAUAUAUAUACACACACACACAAGGUACACACACAUGGAUGUUUUUUAAAAAACAUAUACUCCAAUAUCCACCCAAAAUGUUCAAUUAUUGAUAUAGAUAUAACAAGGACUUUUAUUCUGAAAAAAAAACAAUGCCCUAGGAAAAAAAUUACAUUUAAAUUUGAUAUCAAACCAAUGAAUGAAGUGAAAUUGAAUGUUUAAAUGUCAGAAAGCUACUUAUUAAUUAAAUAUAGCAUAAUGUAUAAAAAAUAUUCUAAAUUAAUUGAAUAUAUUGAAUAUAUAUUCAGGUUUAGAUUUUAUAUGUGUUUACCAAGCCUAUAUAUUUCUGUAGAUUUGUAUAUAAAACCCAUGCAAGGAUAAAGAUUAUUUUUUUUGCAUGCCUGCACCCACAAAGGAGUGUAUGUGUUGGAUACUGAUAUGAGAUAUAUUUUUAUCUCCAUAAGUCUAGAUGUGUCUAAAACUCUCCGUUAUGUAUUUUUCGUGUGUUGACUCUCUCAGGGAAUGCGAAAAGUGAAAACGCUGCGAACUGGUUGACUGCAAAAAGCGGUAGGAAGAAACGUUGUCCUUACACCAAGCACCAAACUCUGGAGCUGGAGAAGGAAUUUCUGUUCAACAUGUACCUGACUCGCGAGCGGCGCCUAGAGAUCAGCCGCAGUGUUCACCUCUCAGACAGACAAGUGAAAAUCUGGUUCCAGAACCGCAGGAUGAAACUCAAGAAAAUGAAUCGAGAAAACCGAAUUAGGGAGCUCACAGCCAAUUUCAACUUCUCUUGAUGACCCUGUAACAUCUUUCAGUCCUGUAUGAAAGAGCCAGUAACCUUCCACAAAUGGUUUAAUUUAUCCUAACCUAUAUGGAUGGACACUUCUGUACUUUAUCAGUAUGCCCAAAUUGCCACCCAGUCUUUCUCAUCUGGGUUUUAAAGCCAUAGUUGCACACAUUUGUUAAGAACGAUUCAUUCAAAUUUUUUUUUGUAAUUAUUUUUUUUUCCUUCUUUCUUAGACUAAGAAUAAUGUUAUGAAAUCCAGUCGCAGUGAAUAGUUUUCAUAGGAAAAAAAAGUCAUAUAUAUAUAUAUAAUUUGUAUUUUAUUUAAUUUUUUAUUUUUUUUUAUUUUGGAAUGCUUCUUUUAACUUUAAGUCUAUAUUGCUUUUUUUGUAUUUUUUUUAAAUCAAAUUCUGUUAUUUUUUAUCUUUUUUUUUUUAUAAGAAAUGCUUAAGCGUGGACAGGUUAAAGAAAAUCUCCAUAGGACAUUUUAUUGGGUUGAAAUUAAGAGUCUUAAUUUGUCCAGGGGGGGAAAUAAUGAACUGUUUUAUUCUUCAAGAAAGGAUAAACUUGUCGCUAAACGGACUAUAUGAAUUAUCUCACUUCUGUAUUUUGCUGGGAUUAGAGAAUUUACCGAGGCAGACAUGUCUAUGUGUUAAAUGUCGUUGACUUUAUUUGGUUACUUUUAGUAACCACUGAAAAGCACACCGUACAGAUUUUGAUGUUUACUUUUUUUGCUGUUUCAAUGCAUUGCAUUUUUUGGUUUGUUGUUUUUUUAUUUUCGUUGUCAUUUUUUUAUAUAUAUAUUUUUUUAAAAGCUGGUAUACAACAUUGAAACAAGGGGAGAGGUCAGCAUUCCCAAAAUACUGUGAAUUUAAAAUGCUUUAAUUUUCACGUUCUAAGUACAGAAAGUACAGAAAAAUUGAACUUUAUAGAUACAAAUAUGUGUAAAUGUUUAUUAUAAAAAAAAAAUGCCAUUGAUUCUAAGGGCGAAUGCAUUUUACGUUUAAUAUUAAUGCUAGUUUUUAGUUUCAGUGACUUCUUACCCUUAUCCAGAUAAAUUAAUAUUGCAAUGUUGCUGCUGUGGGUGAUCAGACCAAGUUU